CUCAGUCUUCCAUCACCGUACUCGCACCCGACCCGUCCAAAUACUACCCGUCCAUCACUCGUCAACAUGUCUCUCCUCGGCAAGAAGUUCAACGGCGCCAUCGCCCGCCCCAUGUGGCCCUUCUACGUCUCCGGACUGGUCGUCCUCUACGGAGUCAACAGCAUGGCCAAUGCCAUGAUGCUUUCCGACGAGCACAAGAACGACCCCCGCAACCAGCUCACCAGGAACAAGCCCGCUGCCCACUAAAUCCGAAAAGAAACGUGCAUGAUUUGAUAUCCCAAAAGUGGAACGCGAGCAUAGUGGUGGACAAUGUACAAUACCUGCGCGCACGGCGAUCAGGACGAGGCGUGGAAUUGUGGAUAUAGACUCUCGAAAGACCAAU